AUGCCCUCUAUACCGAUUUAUACUCUCAACAACGGAGUAAAGAUUCCAGCGAUUGGGCUAGGCGGCUGGACUGGUUUAGACCCUAAAGAGCAAGAGGCGGCCAGAGGAUGGUUUCUGACAGGACUACAAGCUGGGUAUAGACACGUCGACGUAGCGCACAUUUAUGGCACCGAGGAAUCCCUUGGGAAGGCUAUAAAAGAGUCAGGCCUUCCGCGCGAAGAACUCUUCAUCACGACGAAGCUCCCAUGGAGCCACCAUUCCCGCGUAGCCCAGUCCUUCCAGGAUUCCUUGACCUCCCUAGGCCUUGACUACGUCGAUCUGUACCUCCUCCAUUGGCCGCACCGAGUUGAGUACGAAGAGGGGAAUUACCUUCCCAAAGGACCAGACGGAUCUCUCCGAGUCGUCGAAUCGCCCUCCAUGGUCGAGGUGUGGGCCGACAUAGAGAAACUGCUCGACACCGGGAAAGUACGGGCCAUCGGCGUGAGCAAUUUCUCGAUAAAGAAUCUGGAGCUCCUUCUAAAAUCGGCGAAAGUCGUCCCCGCCGUUAACCAAGUCGAGAUGCACCCAUACCUCGCGCAACCCGAAUUGCUGGAGUAUUGCAAGAACAAGGGCAUCUUGGUUGCUGCGUAUACCCCGACAGGUUAUCAGGACGUUCUGACUAACCCCACCAUCGUGGAAUUGGCAGGGAAGUACGGUGUUGCCCCCGUGCAAGUAGUCUUAGCUUGGCAUGUCGCCCGCGGCGUCGUGGCGGUCCCAAAGAGCAGCAAUAAAGAAAGGCAGAAACAAAAUAUCACGCUGCCAACGCUGGAGCCAUCGGACAUUGCGAAAAUUACGGCUCUCGACAGAGGAGAGCGGCUUUGCAACAAACCUGAUGAGAACGGCAAGGUCUAUGGCGCCACGAUGGAGGUCCUUGGGUGGUAA